UCAGAAGAUAUAAAUUUAAGAGUAAGAGCUGUUGUUGUCGAAUAUGUAGAUAAGCGGGCAUGAAAACAUCGUUCAGAAAUUCAGUUGUCGCUCUAAAGUCACAUCAUAUAAGUCGAGGGCGGAACCCGCUUGAGUGAACAGAAAUUGAAAAGUACAAAAUAGGAGCCACUGGAGAAUGGUCAUUGAGAAUAAGCAGUUGGUUCAAGUUGUAAAUAUACAAUCGUGAUAAGUGGAGCCUGGUGAAUCCCCAGCGAAACGGAAUACCUGAAAGAUAUAGUGAACACCAUUCGUGGAGGUGACUCACUGCUCCCACUGCUCUGCCUGAUCCUCUCCCCCUCUCCCUGGUCCGCUCAUCUGACGUCACCAUGGUCGACGCCGCCCAACAGGAGUUCGCCCGCAAACUCGCCCUCUUCUCUUUAAACCUCUACGAAAAGCUGUCGGCGCAGAAGCCCGGCGAGAACAUAGUCUUCUCGCCCUUCUCCAUCCAGACGUGUGCGGCGAUGGCCCGGAUUGGUGCAGAUGGCGAGACGGCCACUCAGUUAGACCAUGGUCUUGGUUUGGCCUCCAGCGACGCGGGCCAAAUCGCCCACAGCUUCAACCAAGUAUUGGCCGCCUACCAGAACAGCCAGGUCCUGCGAAUCGCCAACAAGAUCUUCGUGAUGGAGGGCCAUCCGCUGCGCCAGGAGUUUGACCAGCUGCUGACCAAGGAGUUCCUCUCGGCGGCGCAGAGCGUGAACUUUGCCCAAAGCGCCCAGGCGGCGGCCACCAUAAACGCCUGGGUGGAGCAGCGCACCAAUCACUUAAUAAAAGACUUGGUGCCGGCCAGCGCACUGGACGCCAACUCUCGACUGGUUCUGGUGAACGCAAUCCACUUCAAGGGCACCUGGCGGACCAGGUUUUCCAAGAAUGCCACCCGCCUUGACAUCUUUUACCUGGAUGUUGCACGGUGCGUACAGGUUCCGAUGAUGGCUUUAAAGGAGCGUUUUCGAUUUGCCAAUCUGCCAGAACUGGACGCCUCGGCUUUAGAGCUGCCCUACAAGGACUCUGACCACUCCAUGCUGAUCGUUCUGCCCAACAACAGGACGGGUUUGUCCGCCCUGGAGGAGAAGCUGCGGGUGACGCCACUCUCACUUAUUACACAGGCACUGCAAAAGACUGAGGUACUAGUGAAGUUGCCCAAGUUCAAGGCCGAGUUCCAAGUGGAGUUGACAGAUGUUUUCCAGCAGCUGGGCAUGUCGAAAAUGUUCACCGACCAAGCGGAGUUCGGCAAGAUACUUGAGAGCCCCGAGCCUCUGAAGGUGUCGGCCAUCAUACACAAGGCCUUUAUCGAUGUGAACGAAGAGGGAACAGAAGCCGCGGCUGCCACGGCUAUGGCCACGUAUUUUUCUUCGAAGCCCAUGCCUGAGCCGGAUCCAAAACGAUUCUAUGUCGAUCAUCCAUUUAACUUCUACAUUCUCAAUAAGGACUCAACUGUUCUUUUUGCUGGCAGCAUACAGAAACUCUAAAUAAUCCUCGGUGUGAUCGUCAGUCAUAUAUUGAUGACCUAGGCAGAGCAUCCAUUUAGAUUUUACAUUGUUUAUACGGGCGCCACUGCAAUCUAUAUUCGCAAAUCAAAUUUAAUAAGACAAAGACUGCACACAAUCGAUGCUCUUAUAAAUACACUUUACAUUUUUGUACUAACCAAGCAUGUAGCCUCAAUAAAGUCCAAAGCACAACGUUCUAAA